AUGUCUCUCGCCGACCUCGACCACGUCACCAUCCACUACGUCCCCCGGACGCGGGCGCUGAGAAUCGUGUGGCUCGUCGAGGAGCUCGGGCUCCCCCACACCAUCGUCAAGCACUCGGGCCCGUUCCCGCCCCAGCUGGUGUACGAGUUGCACCCGUUGGGGGCGGUGCCCCUCGUCGAGGUCUACUACAAGCACCAGGCCGACCCCGUGGUGCUUGCCGAGCUGGGCCACGUGUUCAGCUACCUCCUCCGCCACUUUGACCCCGACCACAAGCUCAGCGGGCGCACCCCUCACGAGCGGGAGCAGGUCGACUACUGGAUCCACUUUGCCGAAGGGCUGUUGAUGAUGUUUGUCCUCCCGCUGUUCCUCAACAAGUUGUUUGGCGUCGACGCCGACGCCGACGUGGUGACGGCGGCGUACCGGGUGCCGCGCGCCACCACCAUGGUCGAGUACAUCGACACCGAGCUCGCCGCCCAGCGCCGCCGCGGCAGCGACUACAUUGUUGGCGACAGCUUGACCGCCGCCGACAUCAUCCUCAUGUUGCCGCUCUCGAUGUACUUUAUGCUCAAGUUGGGGGCGCCGUCGGACUUCUCCGUCGUCGGCGACUACACCAAGCGCCUCGAGGCCCGCGACGCCGCCAUCGACUUGUCCCGCGCCACCGAGUACCAGCUGAAGUUGUAG